UGGAGGCAGUUGAAGGCCAUGAAAUGGCAUGGAUUUGGCCAUCAUUCUGACAACCUGAAUGCAGGAGAUCUCACAUUCUUUUGCCCCACAUGUCCUCAGCCUGGGAUUAAUGUAUGCUUGUCAGGGGAUGAAUCACUUGAUGACUGGAAAUACACCCAGUCAUUUGUUAUGGAUGGAAAUUUCAAAGCUGAACACCUGCAUCCCAUCAAGCCAUUUGAUGAAGUGUGGCUUUCCAAUGGGUUAGGAUUCAUGGUGGGAGAGGACAGGUAUAAAAUGCAUCUUGCAGAGGCUGCUGACACAUUGGAAAAAUUGAGCUGCAACAAUCACCAGGCGGUGAAUCAAGCAAAUGUGGCUCAGCACAAGCUGGAGUCCGUGGGUAUCGGUGGAGUUGCCUGUGCCCAACACAGUUGCUUUGUUCCUCACUUGGUGGUAGAUUUUCAGAAAGGUGAAAGGCAAGCCAAUCAUGCCAUUCUACAUUCAUGA